GCGGCCGCGUUGCGGGCUUCCUGCGGGGCGGAAGGUCGAGCCCCUGGCGAGAUCGGUGCUGGGCCCACGUUCGGGGCAGUUCCCCAAACUGGGGAACAGCUGGGGGUGACGGGAGGGGAGGGGCCUGGUGGGCCGAGCUGGCCGCUGGAAGCCCCUGGAUGGGCAGCCCCUGGGCUCAGAAGAGAGGAGUGAGCGUCCGGGGCCGCAGGGGAGGGCAGGGAGGAGGCAGCAGGACCUGGCAGGGGAGCCAGUGAGCGGGCCGCGGCGGGAGCUCAGGAUGCGUCCUUUGGGGUGCAGCAGGUGGGUUAGUGUGGACGCACAGGCGGAAGCAUCGGGUCCCAGACACCCAGGGGUUGUCCCCGGCGAGGAGGGGUCUCAGCGUGGUGUGUGGGCUGGCAGCUAAGAGGCCCGAGGGUGGUGUGGCUGCGGUGCGGUCUGGGGGGCCAGGGAGGCGGACAGAGCUCACCUUCCCACUGCUUCCCUUGCCCAGGGUUCGUGGCCGUGGCGUGGUCGCACCCAGACACCGCGCAGCACGGCGCGCUGGUGUCGGUGCCUCACCCUCCGGCAGGUCUUGGGCUGCGAUUUUGCGCGGGGUCCUGGAAGGGCUUCCUUGAGGCUCCUCGGUCACGCGUGCUCUGGCGUGAAUGGAGCUGCAGGGCUCGGGUGGGGGUAGCAGGGCAUCGGGGCCGGCCGGCCUGGGUCUUGUGGCCACUGGAGUGUGCCGGGCAGGGUGCCCAGGGGCAGUUGGUCCUGGAGGAAGGGCAGGAGCUGCCCCACCCCCUUUCCUUUCCUAGCUCUCAGCUGAGUGGGUGGCCCAGGGUCCCCCGUGGGUCUGGCAGCAGGGGACAGCAGCUCUAGCUCUGAGCAGCCCUCAGGAUGGAGAGGAUGGGCUGGGGGGCCUUCCACUCAGUGCAGCCUCCGGGACCCCCCUCUGGCUCAGACAGGUCCUUGAGCCAGCCUUCUGCGCCGUCCCCAGGGGCCCCUCUGUGCCUGGAAGGCUGGAGGCGCCAGUUUUGCCGAGGCCCUCCCCCACGGUGUGUGCGCACACACACGCACACGCGUGCACACCUUGGAUCGGAAGGCGCCUGGCUGCACUGUGCUGAGCUCAGGCCUUCUGUAGAGGGCGGAAUCUGUUGAGGAGGCACUUUUCCCAGCCCAGCGCCGCGCUCGGCACUUUUCUGUGUGGUCCCCUCAGGAAGCCGCCGCUGUCAUUGUGUGGUCGUGGGGGAGGGACACCCCCAUGCCCAGGCAGCAGUGAGGGCCGGGGCCGGCCUGCAGGCCUCCUGACCUCCAGCUGUGGGCACCCCAUCCCCAUCCUUCUUGGGGUCCUGGCUCGGCCCCACCCUGCCUUUUGCCUGCAGCCGGACUCCUGGCCAGGCCUGGCUCCAGCGGGGUCUCCACCCCUGGGGAACAUGGGCCGUCUGGCCAGCCACACUGUGGUUCGCCUGGUGGGGUGAGCCGGCCAGGAGACUGUGGCCCUCCUCCCCGCCCACCUGUUUACCUGCCUGCAUCUAACCUGGAGAGCAGUGGGAGGGGCGGGCUCCGGGAGGGGGUUCCUGGGGUGAGGAGCUCCAGGUUCCUUGGCAGGGGUUCAGAGAGCGGACAGUGCAGUGUGGUACUCAGAGGCAGCUGGCGGGGGAGCGGUCUGGGCCCUGGGCUGUGGGUGCAGGCCCAGGCAGGGGACCACAGAGCAGCCGGUGACCUGCCCGUCAGUGAGCAGGCCCCAGGGCCCUUGUGAAACGCCCUGGCCAGGGUGGGGCAGGGGCGCAGGAAGCUGCAACCCAAAGCCACACGGUGGUUACUCCCUGGGCCAGGAGGUGGACAGAGCGGGCUGGAGGGCCUCAGGCUAGGCUCUCAGUCGGGUCGCUGCUUCCAAGAGUGCCUGCUCGCUGUGCCCCCCGGGUUAUGACGACCCCCAGUAAAGGAAACAAGGCCUUGAAGGUGAAGAGGGAGCCGGGCGAGAAUGGCACCAGCCUGACCGACGAGGAGCUGGUGACCAUGUCCGUGCGGGAGCUGAACCAGCACCUGCGGGGCCUGUCCAAGGAGGAGAUCAUCCAGCUGAAGCAGCGCCGGCGCACGCUCAAGAACCGCGGCUACGCCGCCAGCUGCCGCGUGAAGCGCGUGACGCAGAAGGAGGAGCUGGAGCGGCAGAAGGCGGAGCUGCAGCAGGAGGUGGAGAAGCUGGCCUCCGAGAACGCCAGCAUGCGGCUGGAGCUCGACGCCCUGCGCUCCAAGUACGAGGCCCUGCAGAGCUUCGCCAGGACCGUGGCCCGCAGCCCCGUGGCGCCGGCGCGGGGCCCGCUGGCCGCCGGCCUGGGGCCCCUCGUCCCCGGCAAAGUGGCCGCCACCAGCGUCAUCACGAUAGUGAAGUCGAAGACGGACGCCCGGUCGUAGGGACGCGCGCCGUUGCCCAGCGGGUCUUCCAGGGGCCACCAGGCACGCGUGGCGGCGGCAGCCCUGCCCUGCCCCUCUCCCCUCCCCUUCUCCCCCACUCCUCGCCCCUCCCCUCCCUGCAAAGCACAACCCGCACCCCCGGGGCGCCGGGCUGAGCCCCUUUGAUCUCCUGUCGUCGUGUGUUCUGUGCGUUGCGAUUGGUCAGCUUGGCGCCCCCAGCCCCCUCUGUGCCGAGGUCGCACGGGCCUGGAGUCCAGAGCUGGCCCUGCGGGAGUGGACGGGGUGUGGGGGGAGGCAGCGUGGGCUUCCCUGGGUGGGCAGGGCUGCUGUCUGCCCUCCCUUCUCAGGGCCCGCAGGCUGCCAGCCAGAAGGGUGCUGGGGGCCCUCCUCUCCGCAGGCCCACGUGGGCAGCUCGGUGUGGCCCGGCAGGCGGAGGUGGGCUCUGCCCGGGGAGUGGUGGGCUGCCAGCCCGGGCACCUGACCCCUGCACUGAGCAAGACCAAACCAGUGGUGUGCGCGUGUGUGGAGGGCGUGUCCUGUGUCCUGCCUUGGGUCCGUGUCACUGUUUACAUGAGCUGUUUGUGUGGUUAGAUAGCCCUUUAUUUAAAAGAGAGAAGUUCCUUUUACGAAGUUAUUAAAUUAUAUGUUUAAAAGUUAAAGAAAAACAAGAGCUGCAGAGUAUUUAUAAAACUGUCUUUUAAAAAAAAAGUCAGAACAUUUGACCAUAUAAAUGGAAAAGGAAGAAAGUAUAACAGAAACUUUGCUAGUUUAAAAAAAGAAAAAACAAAACAAAAAAUCCCUUUCUUGUAAACUUACGGACAACUCUUUGUGGCUGUUGGAGUUUAGUUUUUAUAUACACAGAGUUAUCAGACAUUAUUUAUAAAACUUAGUUUUAAAAAAGACAAAAAAAAAAAAAAAAAAAAAAAAGGCCGCAGCGCCGCCGCCGGGGCCGCCCUCUUUGGUAUCUUUUGCAAUUGUACCGAAAGUGACUUACGCCUUCGCCCUCCCCGCUUCCGUCUCUUGCCGGUGCCGUGGUGUCGUCCGUGCCUGGUGAGGUUUUGUGCCGCCGUCAAGUGCUGGUGCUCCUGGUGACCUUUGACCUGUGAGUCCUGUGCGUUCUCCGUGUGCGUUUUUUGGAUUUGGUUGUGUUCUUGCUUCUGCUGACGUGCUGGACCUGGGCCGUGCCAGGGCCGCGCCAGGGCCGCCAGCCUGGCCUCUUCGCUCGUGAGGUGGGGGAAGGGGUCUCCCCCACCGUGUUGCUUCCACACCUCUGGCCCUGGGUGGCAGCAUUGCCGGGACCAGGGAGUCACCGUGGGUGCCCCUGGCUGUCUUCCGCCUGGGCUCCAGCCCUGGCCCUGCCCCUGGCCUCCCUGGGGGGCCGCCCACCACCUCUCCUGAACUGUGCGCAGCGGGCGCUGCUUCCAGGCAGCAUGGCGUGGGCCCCGCCUGGAGCACCCCUAGGGCCUGGGCAUCGCCACCAGGGCCAGACAAGGGCUGUGAGCUCGGGGCUGGGUCCCGUCCCUGUUCUCUGCCUGUCCGUGCCGGCAGCUCAGGGCCACGGACCUUCCUCCCACCUCCCUGCGGGGCCUGUGUCUUCCAGGGGUCACGGCUGGACUCUCACAGGUGCUUCUGCCUGGCCCAGCUUUCGGCCGAAGCUGCCGGCCUCCAGGCCUGGUUCAGCAAGCUCCCGUGGGCGCGGGGGUGCCCAGAGUGCUACCCGAAAAGGCCGCAGCCCCGUCUGGCCACGUGGGCCUCUGGCCGGGGCUGUCGAUAUCGUCCUGGGACAGCCUGGACCCCUGGGAGGCACAGGAGAUGAGAAGCUGACCAUUCAGGUUUCACCUGGCAGGCAGAGGCGCCUUAGCCUGGAGGGCCACCCGUGCCGUCCACCCCUGGGUCCCGACAGGCCCCUGUGUGUUGGCUCCAGGGGCUCGGAGGCCCCCCUGCAUAGACCCAGGGUGACCUGCGGAGCAGGGGAGCGCUGGCUGCCACAGAGUCGCUGGGGCGUCCUGAGCCCCGGGUCUGCCUCUGUGUGGCUGGAGCCCAGACAUGGGCCUGGGGUAGGCAUGGCAGCCCUGAGCUGGAAUCCGCAGGAAAGGGGGAGCCUUGCAGGAGCAGGGCCUGGCCCCUGGUGUCCCUGCAGCCGCGGCCCGGGAGGGAGGGUGUGAGUGAGGAAGAAGAGCAGGGCAGGGUGCGCUCGCGGGGCCUUGAUCCGGCCCACGGGGGCUUCUGGGCUUGGCGAGGCCGCGCGCUGGUUCCCGUCCCCUCACUGCAGCCCCUCUCCCCUCACCCUGAUUUCUCGGCAGUAGAUUCUGUGUCCGCGCGUGGCUGUGUGUGUCCUGGGUCAUGCUGGGUCUGUCUCCCACCGUGAGGGUGUUGUGUUCUCUCUUCUCACCUUUCCCCCCGACACGGCGAGUGGAGGGCUGCGGCCGAGGCCGGGCCUCCCGAACCUGUCCGCCAAGUGAACCCUAACCCGCGCCUUCCCUCCUGCCUGACGCCGCCCCGGCCCCUCCUGAUCCCGGACAGACACGUCGAUGUCCCAGGAGCAGGGCAGUCCUCCCCGGGCAGCGUGGCCCGGGCUCCCUGCUGGCUUCAGUGGGUCUGUGCGCCCCCCCCCCCAUGGUCGGCGUCGGGGCCCAUCGCUCUGGGGUGGUGGUCAGGCCCUGUUCCUGCUGCCGCCUCUCUCGAGCGGCCGCUUGGCCAGAACUCCCGUCCACGGCAGGGCAGCCCGCUGCACAUUUCCGCUCUGGGAUCCUGUGAGUUAUUUUUUUAGGCUGUGGUUUGGUGAAAGGAACCAACACAUUAACGAUUUUUUCCCCCCAGAAGCCACUGAGUGACUCCUCCUGGCACAGGUUCGGCUUCCUGCUGGCUGUCUGGUCUCGGGGCAGGUGGGAGAGCAGACUGUGUCGUCGGUGCCACGCAGGCAGGCGUGUGUGUCUGGGGCUCAGGGCCCCUCCUGCCUCUGGGCUGUGCGCGUGGCACCUGCUGGGCCGGCUGCACGCUUCCCACUGCACGCCCGCGGCAGCAGCUUUGAGAGCCGGGGUGGCUUUGCGCGCCUGAGCUGGAAUGGCAGAGCGCGGCCCCUCCCCUCAGCCCCAGCCCCUGCCCGCCCCUCCUCCCACCCGUUCAGUUCGCGAGUCCCUGAAGCCUUUAACCAAGCGCAGUCGCUGUGGACAGCCUUCUCCCGGUGACCCUGGGCAGCAGGACGAGGGCUGCUUGCGCGUGCGGGCCAUGUGGGGUCCGUGCGGUUGAUGGUGACCCCCCGCUGAGGGCCGAAGCCGGGAGAGGUGACCGGGGGUGUCCUGGGGUCCGCAGGGCGGGUGGGGGGCUGAUGCAGAGCUAGGGAAGGGAGGUGCCCAGGCGACCCGCAGUGGGUGUGGGGCUUGCGUGGGGGUGGGCCUGUCCCCGGGGCCCCGCGCAGUAUUUAUUGCUAAGUUAUUGUCCAGGAGGGGCGGCCCUGGGCCUGGCCGCCGGUAUUUAUUGCUGUACAUAGUGUAUGUUUGUGAUAUAUAAGGUUUUCUUUAUUUUGUAUAUGAUCAAUAAACACCUUUUAAA